CAAAUAUUUUGGAAUUCGCAACUCGCAAGUUAUUUUGUUUUGUUUACACUUCAUCUUAAAUUCAGCGUAAAUAAUGGAUAAUAAUCGACGUAAAAUAUUGUUAGUAGCAACAGGAAGCGUGGCAGCUCUUAAAAUUCCUUUACUUGCAGAGAAACUGGUGAACAGUGGAAAUGUUGAGGUUAAACUAAUAGUGACAGAAAAAGCUAAACACUUCUUUGAUCCCAAAGAUUUACCCACAAAUGUAACUAUGUAUGAUGAUACCUCAGAAUGGGAUGCUUGGAAAAACAGAGGAGACCCAGUCCUUCACAUAGACCUGGGGAAAUGGGCUGACGUCAUGCUCAUAGCACCACUCGAUGCCAACACUCUAGCUAAGAUGGCACAGGGCAUCUGUGACAACUUGGUUACUUGCACAACACGGGCGUGGGACAUGUCCAAGCCCCUGAUAUUCUGUCCGGCAAUGAACACACGGAUGUGGCAGCAUCCUGUCACUGCUCAGCAGAUAGCAGUACUGAAGCAAUGGGGUCACACUGAGAUACCACCUAUUAGCAAACUGCUGAUGUGUGGAGACACCGGAGUAGGAGCUAUGGAGGAAGUCGAUAACAUUGUCAACAAUGUUUUGAUGAUGAUGAACUGGUGAUAAACCUAAUUAUUGUUAAAUUAUAUUUCUGUGAUAUUGUUAUUUACAUUUGUUGAAAUAAAUAAUAAAAGUAUAAAAUUUCUGAUUA